GGUGGUGGCGAAGCCAGAGGAGGCGGCGGCGGCUGUGGAGGAGGCGAGCGGCCCGGAGGUGGAGGAUGGAGGAGCAGCCGAAGGAGGGCGAGGCCGAGGUCGCGGAGCACUGGUUCUCCAAGUGGGAGCGCCAGUGCCUGGCCGAGGCCGAGCAGGACGAGCAGCUGCCCCCCGAGCUGCAGGAGGCGGCGGCCGCUGAGGCGGCGGGGCUGAAGAGCGAGCAGCAGAGGCUGUGGCACCUCUUCCAGAACUCAGCCACCGCCGUGGCCCAGCUCUACAAGGAUUCCGGGUGCCAACAGCCAGGACUGUCCAUGUGGGACCCCUUCCAGAGUGCGGCCAUGGCCGUGACCAGCCUCUACAAAGAGAGCGGGGAUGCCCACCAGCGAAGUUUUGACCUGGGCGUCCAGGUGGGCUACCAGCGUCGCAUCAGAGACGUGCUGGAGUGGGUGAAGAAGGGCCGGAGCACCAUUCUCCGCGAAGACCUGAUUAGCUUCCUGUGUGGCAAAGUGCCGCCCGUGCCGCCACCACGCUCCCCCAGGACGCCCUCGAAGCCCCCCGCUGGGGCCACCAGCCAGGCCGCAGCCAUCGAAUCCAGCUCGUCGGUGGAGGUCGACUUGCAGCCCUUCCAUGAGGCCAUCGCGCUGCAUGGCCUCAGUGGCGCCAUGGCCAGCAUCAGUGUGCGGUCGGGCACACCUGGCUCCCCACCUCAGGCCAGUGGCGGCGCCAGCGGUGGGCGUCAAAAAAGUAAUGGCCUCGAAGACGACUUGAAGCCCUUCGACCUGGAAGAACUGGCCCCCCAUGCGGACAGUGGGGGGAACCGCAAGCGCACCUCGGCCCAGUGUGGGGAUGGCAUCUCAGACUCCCCAACCCACAAGCGCAACCGAAUGGUCUAAACUGCCUCAUGGCCUAGUUGGUCGCCAGCCUCCAUAUUGCUUGAGCGCUAACUUGACCUUCAACAUGCUUGUCAAAAGGAUACUCGAGACCAUCUCUUCCUUCUCUAAGUUAAACAAAGAUUUCUAUGAAGUUUGCCAUAAAGAAACUAAAAGUAUUCCAGAAGAGGC